AGACUCAUACACAACUUUCAAAAAAAUCCCAAACUUCACGACUAAACGUCAUUUUAUUAUCAGGUCCUAGAUUUCAACUUAGCCGCAAAGCAAACACCACCCGCAUUCAAGAGCGAGCGAAAAAAGCACAUACAUACCUACGUAGAGAUAUAGAAUUAACAGUACUUACGUCACAAUGUCUGCGCCCGACAAGUUUGGCAACGACAUCGAGUCUGACUCCGAUUCGGGCAACGAGUCUAUCAACGACGGAGUUGACGAUGGCGUUGAAGAGGUAGAUCAGAAGCCUCUCAAGUCGGCUAUGAAGAAGUCCCCCUCAGGCCCCCCGCCUCCCGUCGAACGCCCUCCUCUGCCUCCUCAAACAGAUCCGAAAGACCUCGAUCUCGGAUCCUUAACCCCUCUCACCCCUGAGAUUAUCGCCCGACAAGCUACUAUCAAUAUUGGCACAAUUGGCCACGUCGCUCACGGCAAGUCCACUGUAGUGAAGGCGAUAUCAGGUGUUCAGACUGUUCGUUUCAAGAACGAGCUGAUUCGAAACAUUACCAUCAAGCUGGGAUAUGCGAAUGCCAAGAUCUACAAGUGCGAUAACCCUGAAUGCCCCAGACCCGGCUGCUAUCGAAGCUACAAGAGUGAGAAGGAGGUAGAUCCCCCCUGCGAGCGUGAAGGAUGCAGUGGUACAUACAGACUGCUACGCCAUGUUUCCUUCGUGGAUUGCCCUGGUCACGAUAUUCUCAUGAGUACUAUGUUGUCCGGAGCCGCGGUCAUGGAUGCUGCUCUCUUACUGAUUGCCGGAAACGAAACCGUACCUCAGCCUCAAACCUCGGAACAUUUGGCAGCUAUCGAGAUCAUGAAGCUUGACAAGAUUAUCAUCCUUCAGAACAAGGUCGAUCUUAUGAGGGAAGAGGCCGCUCAACAGCACUACCAGUCUAUUCUCAAAUUCGUCCGUGGAACGCCUGCUGCCAAGUCGCCCAUCAUUCCUAUCUCUGCGCAACUGAAGUUCAAUAUCGACGCUAUCAACGAAGCUAUUGUCAACACUAUCCCCGUACCGCCCAGAGAUUUCACCCAAGAACCUCACAUGAUGGUUAUCCGGUCUUUCGAUGUGAACAAGCCCGGUGCCGAGAUCGAGGAGCUGAAGGGUGGCGUUGCAGGUGGUAGUAUUUUGCACGGUGUGUUGAAGCUUGGCGACGAGAUUGAGAUCAGACCUGGUAUCGUAACUCGAGACGACAAGGGUGCUCUACAGUGCAAGCCCAUCUGCAGCCGUAUCGUCUCCCUCAACUCGGAGUUCAAUGAUCUGAAAUAUGCCGUCCCUGGUGGUCUUAUUGGUGUUGGUACGCGCAUUGACCCUACUCUUUGCAGAGCCGAUCGUUUGGUCGGUUUCGUACUCGGUCUUAAGGGUCGUCUUCCGGCUAUAUAUAGUGAGAUUGAAGUCAACUUUUACCUCCUCAAGAGGCUACUAGGUGUCCGCACUGCAGAUGGCAAGCAAGCAAAGGUCGCUAAGUUGGCCAAGAACGAAGUCCUUAUGGUAAAUAUUGGUUCCACCUCGACCGGUGCCAAGGUUGCUGCCAUUAAGCAAGAUGCUGCCAAGCUAUCUUUAACCAGUCCUGCCUGCACGAACCUCGGAGAGAAGAUUGCCCUCAGCCGAAGAAUCGAGAAGCACUGGCGUCUCAUUGGAUGGGCUACCAUCACAGCUGGUGUCACGUUGGAGCCUACGGAAUCAUGAAAUCUAGGCUAGGCGUAGAUUUCUUGACGAAGAUUAUUCGACAAGUUGCAAUUUUGAGACAAGGCCGGAAGGGGAAUGACUAUAGACAUUUCCACGUAUAGGGGAUCAACAUCAGGAACAUAGUCCAAGCGCUUCAGGGAGAUACGAGAAGCCCUAAUCAGAAGCUAUUAGGGCUAAAGGGGGUGUAUCUGAGAAGGCUGUGUGUAUUUAGAUGAUGACGACGAAGCAAAAAAAGGAGAUGAAAAGGCGUAUCUGAAUACGGAUCCCAUUGCGCUUUGACUUCUGGUCCUUUUUUCGCAGAGACUACGGUCUCUGGUGGCUCUUGUCUAGGUACCUAGUUAAUGGAAAAGGAACAUAACAACUAUAUCCAUCUAGCUAUCCAAUUUGUCGAUGUAUAUUUUUCUUUCUUUACAUGACUUGUAAUGUAGAUGACUGGCUAGAUAUCGAGUAG